UCCCAGUGAACUGCGCAAUUUGAGUUUUGGUUCCUCAAAUGUUUUCUCAGUGCUUCCCAUUAAAGGGCUAGCACAGAGGCUCUGCCACACACUCUCCUUCCUUCUGAGUGGGACCCCGGACGGACAAGCCUCUCAAAAAUGGCGGCCCAGGAGGCGGCCCAGGAGGAUAGGAUUUCCGAGUUUGAUUUUGCUUUGCUCCCGGAGCUGUCUGCUUUUCUCGGCAUAGAUACAGUUCAGUUCGCCAAAGAAAUGGAAGAAGGAUUUCAGAAGGAACGAGAAAAAAUGCAGAAAGGCUUUAACUCACACAUGCGCAGUGAAGCAAAAAGGUUGAAGAGUUUUGUGACCUAUGAGCACUACAGCUCAUGGACGCCACAGGAGAUGGCAGCAGCCGGGUUUUAUUUCACUGGCGUAAAAUCUGGGAUUCAGUGCUUCUGCUGCAGCUUAAUCCUCUUUGCUGCCGGCAUCCACAGACUCCCCAUAGAACUUCACAAGAAGUUUCGUCCACGUUGUGAGUUCCUUUUGGGCAAAGAUGUUGGUAACGUUGGCAAGUAUGAUAUAAGAGUCAAGAAUCCAGAGAACAUGCUGAGAGGCGACAAAGCAAGGUACCAGGAAGACAGGGCCAGACUCGAAUCCUUCCAGAACUGGCCAUUUUACGUGCAAGCGGUAUCCGUGAGGGACCUCUCAGCUGCUGGCUUUGUCUUUACAGGUAAACGGGACACUGUGCAGUGUUUUUCCUGUGGUGGAUGCUUAGGAAACUGGGAAGAGGGAGACGAUCCUUGGAAGGAACAUGCCAAGUGGUUCCCCACAUGUGAAUUUCUUCAAAGUAAGAAAUCCUCAGAGGAAAUUGCACAGUAUAUCCAAAGCUACAAGGGAUUUGUUGGUGUCACGGGAGAACAUUUUGUGAAUUCCUGGGUCAAGAGAGAGUUACCUAUGGUGUCAGCGUAUUGCAAUGACAACAUCUUUGCUAAUGAAGGACUACGACUGGAUUCUUUUAAGAGCUGGCCCCACGCGUUCCCUGCAGGAGUUUCAGCUCUGGUCAGAGCAGGUCUUCUCUAUACAGGCAUGAAGGACAUCGUCCAGUGUUUCUUCUGCGGAGGAUGUAUGGAGAACUGGAAGGAAGGUGAUGACCCAUUAGAAGAUCAUGCCAAAUAUUUUCCCAAUUGUCAGUUUCUCCAAAAUCUGAAGUCCUGUGCAGAAGGGAUUCCAGACGAUCACAACCACUGUGAACUUUCUGAAUUAACGGACACCACAAGUGAAAGCUAUGGUCAAGAUUCAGCAGCAGUUAGUUCUGUAGUACCGGCAGCGGCCCAGGGUGAAGCCCAGUGGCUUCAGGAGGCGAAGAAUCUGAGCGAGCAGCUGAGAGAAUCCUAUACCAGUGCCAGUUUUCGCCACAUGUGCUUGCUUGAGGCCUCUCCCUCUCUGGCCACCGACCACUUGCUGGGUUGUGAUCUAGCCCUGGCUUUAAAACACAUCAGCAGUCCUGUGGAAGAGCCCGUGGUGUUGCCGGAGGUCUUUGCCAACUUGAACUCUGUCAUGUGUGUGGAGGGCGAAGCAAGUAGUGGAAAGACAGUCCUGCUGAAGAAAAUAGCUCUUCUAUGGGCAUCAGGAUGCUGUCCCUUGCUGAACAGGUUCCAGCUGGUCUUCUAUCUCUCCCUUAGUUCUACCAGACUGGACCAGGGGCUGGCCACCAUGAUUUGUGACCAACUCCUAAAAACGGAAGGCUCUGUCACCGAAACGUGCCUGAGGAACAUCAUCGAGCAGUUAAAGAAUCAAGUGUUAUUCCUUUUGGAUGACUACAGAGAGAUGUGCUCAGUUCCCCAGGUCAUAGAAAAACUAAUUCAAAAAAACCACUCAAGGAGCUGCUUAUUGAUUGGUGUACAUACAAACAGGGCCAGGGACAUCCGCCGAUACCUAGACACGAUUCUGGAGAUAAAAGUGUUUCCCUUCUAUAAUACCAUGUAUUUAUUACGGAAACUCUUUUCACACGAUAUGAGUUGUCUGCGAAAGUUUAUGGUUUACUUUAGAAUGAGUGAGAGUUUGCGGGGAAUUCACAAGACUCCUCUCUUUGUAACAUCACUGUGUGCUAACUGGUUGCAGUAUCCUUUGAACAAAGCCAUUGAUGGUGUGGCUGUUUUCAAGUCGUAUAUAGAAUGCCUUUUCUUAAAGCACAAAUCUAAAGCUGAACUUGUCAGAGCAACCGUGUCCUCUUGUGGCGAGCUGGGCUUGAAAGGUUUGUUUUCAUCUUGCUUUGAGUUCAGUGAUGAUGACCUUACAGAAGCAGGAAUUGAUGAAAGGGAAGGUUUAGUCUCGUGCCUCUUGAGCAAAUUCACAGCCCAGAGACUAAGACCGGUCUACCAGUUUCUAAAUCCCGCAUUCCAAGAAUUUCUUGCAGGGAAGAGGCUGAUUGAACUUCUGGAUUCUGACAGGCAAGAAGAUCAAGAUUUGGGACUCUCUUAUUUGAAACGAAUUAACUCAUCAGUGAAGGCUGUAGGUCUCUACAGCACUCUUUUGAAUUACGUCUCCUGCCACCCUUCAACAAAGGCAGGGCCAAAGAUUGUAUCUCAUUUGCUUCAUUUGGCAGAUAGUAAAGAGUCAUUGGAGAUAAUAUUGAAAAACAAUAACUACUUGAAGCACCAUCCAGAAAUUUCAGAGCAGUUGGAAUGUAUGAGGUCAGUGUGGCAGGUAUCUCCAGAAAGUUACUUUUCCAUCAUUUCAAACCGGUUACUGUCUCUUGCCAUAAAAAUUGCUUACCAAAGUCACACUGUUGCUGCCUGCUCUCCAUUUAUUUUGCAGUUCCUUCAAGGGAAAACCCUGAAUUUGGAUGUACUUAAUUUACCGUAUUUUUUUGACCACCCAGAAAGCCUAUUAUUGUUGAGGAGCAUCCAGGUCUCCAUAAGAGGAAAUGAGGUACACACACUAGAUUUGUCAAUCUUGGAAACAUGCAUAGACAAAUCACAGGCACCGACUGUUGAUCAGGACUGUGUUUCUGCCUUUGAAUCUGUGAGUGAGUGGAAGCAGGAUAUAGCUGAGAAAGAAGAAAACAUAAAGCACUUUGAGAACCUGAGACUCGCGAAACUACCAGACAUCAGUUCUGGCUACUGGCACCUUUCUCCAAAGCAGUACAAGAUCCCCCUUCUGGAAGUGCAUGUGUCUGGAGGGGCCACUGUGAACCAGGAGAUGCUCAGGGUUCUCACAGUCAUUUUCUCAGCCUCGCAGUGCAUCGAACUCCAUGUACAAAACAGCGGGGAAUUUAUGGCCGGCAUCAGCCCUGCUCUGGAGCAGAGUAAGGACUCUGUCACCAAGUGCUCAGUGUUCUGCCUGGAGCUGAGCACAGCAGAACAGGAAUUGCUUCUCACCCUGCCUGCCCUGGAGUCUCUUCAAGUCUUGGGGACAAGGCAGGUACCAGGUAAACUUCUUACUAAUUUGGACAAGUUCCUAUGCCUGAAAGAACUCUCUGUGGAUCUGCAUCAUCAACAAAAUGUUUUUGCACUCAUUCCUGAAGGAUUCUUCAAUCUCCACCGCAUGGAGAAAUUAUUGAUCCAAAUUUCAGCUGAGUAUAGUCCUUCUAAACUAGUUAAAUUAAUUCAGAAUUCUCCAAACCUUCAUGUUUUUCAUCUGCAAUGUAAUUUCAUUUCGGAUUUUGAAUCUCUCAUGACUGCACUUUCUUCCUGCAAGAAACUCAAAGAAAUUAAUUUUUCUGGAUCAUUUUUCACACCCAUCCCAUUUGUCACUGCUUUGCCAAAUUUUAUUUCCCUGAAGAUACUAAGUCUUAAAAACCAACAAUUUCCUGAUAAGGAAACAUCUGAAAAAUUUGCCUACACCUUAGGUUCUCUUAACAACCUGGAAGAACUGGAACUUCCUACUGGGGAUGGGAUUCAGCAAGUGGCCAAACUGAUCAUCCAGCAGUGUCAGCAUCUUCAGUUUCUUCGAAUUCUCUCAUUGUGCCAGAUUUUGGAUGAUGACAGUGUGAUGGAAAUUGCCAAGGUAGCAAUCGAUGGAGGUUUCCAGAAACUUGAGGACCUAAAUCUUUCAGUCAAUCACAAGAUUACAGAGGAAGGAUACAGAAAUUUCUUUCAAGCACUGGACAACAUGCCACACUUGAAAGAGUUGACUAUUUCUAGGCAUUUUACUAAAUGCAUCAAAGCUCAGGCCACAACAGUCAAGUCUUUGAGUCAGUGCAUGUUACGACUGCCAAGCCUCAUCAGACUUAACAUGUUAAGUUGGCUCCUGGAUACAGAAGACAUCACACUGCUUACUGCCAUGAAGGAAAGACAUCCUCAAUCUAAACGCUUAUUUAUUCACCGGAAAUGGGUACUGCCAUUCUCUCCAACUGUUCAGGAAUAGAAGAUGUACCUAAAAACUGAAUUACAAAUUUGUGUCAACAAUUCUAAAAACUUCCCUCUCCAAAAACAUUUUAUUAAGUCUUGCACACAAAAGGAUAUUUACAGUAAGGCAUGUUAAAGAAAACCCCAAAACCACUACCAGAACCUUUGCAGUCCCUGAAUGAUUCUCCCCAACUAAAUAGAAAUCAGUUCUUCAAUCAAGUUUAUACACCUAACCCUCCAUAAUUGAGGAUCAGCAUCCGGUUUUCAGACUCACUGUGGUAAGGAGGAUAAAAACAGCUAUGGGAAUGGAGUGAGGUACACAGAUGGGUCUUAGAGCCACAAUACGGAAGAAGUAUUCAAGUUACAUAUAAUGUGAAUUUCAAGCCUUUACCACCAGUCCAGUUUAAUCUUUUGUGGGCCAAGAGAUACGCCUUAAUACUUCUAAGAUUUGUUGGGUAUAUUAAUUUUGGUAUAAGAGGCCCAUACAAUGUAGAAGUAAGAUUUACGGGAAAAAGCUCCUAGCACAGAGGCUUUUGAUUCAACACUUACUGUAUCAGCAUAAAGUACAAAACAGCACUUCUAAGAUUCAGACUAAAAUGGAGAGGGCACAGCCCUCAACAUCAGGUUUGUUGAAAUGCAGCCCAAGAAGGUUUGAGCUUUGGGCAUUUGGCUGACGAAGUGCCUUAGAGGUAUUAGAGGAAGCCAUUCGUGUGGGGGUACUGCAUUAGAAAAACCACGCGUUGCGUCGAUCUGCUAGAAGAACACACUGGAAGCAGGGAAAGAAGUCUCUUGCUCCUACAGUGUCUUACCACUGCUCUCUGCUGACAAAGCUUUAUACUGUGCCUGCUGCGGGGACAGGUCGUUACAGAGUGAAGAUCUAUUACUGCAGAGAAGGGCAAUAAAGGCUGGAUUUGGACACGAGAAGCAACAACUUGAUAACUGAUAAAACUAUUACUUAUUAAAUAGCUUAGACCUAAACUAAAAGAACCUUGUUAGAUUUAAGAUUGAUAGGAUGCACAUAAAUAUUUAUAGAAAACGUCUUACAUGAUCUAGAAGACACAGGGAACCGGCUAAUGAUUGACUUCAGGGAGGGGGCCAGGAUAGCAAGGGAAUAGGAGGAAGGUCUGAUUCUUUUUUCUUUGCAGAUCUUUUGUACUAUUUGAAUUCUGUACCAUGUGUGUGUACUAUUAAAAAUGGUAUUUUAAAAACUAA